GUUAAUUUCUUUUAUGUACUAUGUCAUUUAGGUGUGUUUAUAUAGUAAAUAAAAACUACAAAAACAUCCUAUGUGCAUUUUUACAUGGUGCAAAGUGAAAUUCACAAUAGUGGCAGCUUUAUUUUACCAAACAUGUCAAAUGUUUCGCAAACAAACGGUUCCCCAAACAAACUUGUACGCUCUUUCACUUUGCCGAGGAAUCCCUUUGGCAGUGUACGAGUCAUAAAAAGAAAGUUGAAUGCAAAUAAUGGUCAAAAUGAGCAAAAUAACACCGAAAAUACAGAUAAUAACAAGUUUGAUGACAAUGAUAGGGCAGGAAGAAAAGUGUUCAGACGACCUUCAUGGAAGAAAUUUAUCAACAAGAUCGCUCAGCACAUGAAUUCAGUAGGAGUUCCAAGGAUAAAACAUAAUGCUAUGGAUAGAGUUCCACCACUUGAAAGUUACACAUGGCCUCCAGAUCAAACACCAGGAGUAACUGGACUUCGGAACCAUGGCAAUACGUGCUUUAUGAAUGCUGUUAUUCAAUGCUUGAGUCAUACUGAUAUUUUGGCAGAAUAUUUUGUUCUAGACCAAUAUAAGAUCGAUUUGAGUCGAAGGAACAAAAUUAAUUCAAAGAAAAAUGGUACAAAAGGGGAACUUACAGAGCAACUGGCUUUAAUGCUUAAAGCAUUAUGGGCAUGCAAAGAUAGUCCUGAGUUAACUACAAGAUUUAAGACUGUUGUUGAACGUCAUGGAUCACAAUUCAGAGGUUCAGCUCAACAUGAUGCUCAAGAAUUUUUAAUUUGGUUGUUAGACAAAGUCCAUGAAGAUUUAAAUGUAGCUACCAAAAGAAAAUAUAAAGUAAUAAAGAAUUCACAAGGCAGGCCUGAUGAAGUUGUUGCAGCAGAAACGCUUGCAAAUCAUGUACGCUGUAACAGCUCUUUUGUGCAAGCCGUAUUUCAAGCUCAAUUUCGAUCCUCAUUAACUUGCCCAAAAUGUCAUAGACAGAGCAAUACAUUUGAUCCAUUCCAGUGCAUAAGCGUCCAAUUACCACAAAUACAAUUGCAACAUAUUGUUAUUACAGUGUUAUAUAAUUCUCAACAACCAAGGCAAGUUAGAUUAGGUGUUAGUAUACCCUUAGGAUCAUCCAUAGCAGCAUUGAGGGAAAUAUUACAAGAAGACACAGGAAUUCCGAUUUCUAGAUUGUUGUUAAUUGAAAUUGGAAAACAAGGUUUUACCAGAACUUUUUGUGAUUCUCAACCUGCCUCAUUGUUGUGUGUUGAUGAUCCAAUUUAUUGCAUAGAAGCCCCCUUAUUAGAUAGUAUUAGCGAUACAACAGAAAACAGUGCAACUAGUUUACAAAAUAACGGUGUAAUUUCUAUUAAUGAGACUGAUUUAUUACCAAGCAUAGAUGGAGGACCUUAUUUAUUACUAUGUUGGGUUAAUAUUUUGGUGCAUGAAAAUGGGGAAGAAGAUAAAUUUGGGUCACCAUAUGUAAUGCAAGUACCCAGAGACGUUGGAUAUUGUGAUUUACAAAAAUUAAUAUUGAAAGAAAUGGCACUCAUGGUGCAUGAUGAUGUUUUAGAACGUACACAGAAUUUAGGUGUUUUCAGGCCAAGACUUGCAGACCACUUUCAUGAUCAAGAUUGUCCAGUAUAUUUAGAUAUGGAGGUUGAACAUCCACUAUUCACUGAAACUAUUGAUAUGUGCUUAUCUGUUUAUCCACCUGAUGCCGGACCUCCACAUGUAAAGCUUCAGUUAGAAUGGUCUAUGAAAGAAUAUGAAGAAAUUAUUCAACAUCCAGGGGAUGUUUUAGAAGAUCAUUUUAGUGUGUCUGAAGUGCUGUCCAAAAGUGAAAAUGCAAAUCCUCUAACUUUAGAGCAGUGCUUAGAACAUUAUACCAGAGCAGAGACUCUCUCUGAUGAAGAUGCCUGGAGGUGUCCACAUUGUCAAAAGUAUAUGCCGGUUGUUAAGACUUUGGGCUUGUGGUCAUUACCUGAUAUACUAGUAAUACAUUUUAAGAGGUUCAGGCAGCAACAAAUUAAGGGCAAUAGAAGUACAAAAUUGUCUACCAUGGUUUAUUUCCCAUUGUGUGAUUUUGAUAUGACUCCUCAUCUAUCGAGGCCUGAAAAUUCUACCUCCAAAAAGAACUACUCACCUCACAACGGCCAAUCCUGGUCUCCUUGGAAAAGACCUUUAGUAGAAAAUCCAGUAAAUGAAAAUUUAUAUGAUUUAUAUGCUGUCUGUUACCAUCAAGGCAAUGAUUUAGAAACUGGUCAUUACACAGCGGCUUGUAAAAAUCCAUUUGAUUUGCAAUGGUAUAUGUUUGAUGAUGUAAAAGUUACUAAAAUUGAGAAUAAUGUGGAAGAUGCUUUAUUAAAUAAUAAGGCUUACAUUUUAUUCUAUCAAAGAAAACAAGGGAGCUCAGAAAUUCCAUCUGCUUCUAGUAGUAUAUCAGGUGACCAUUGGGUAUCCAGAAUGGCACCAUUUUUAAAGCCAAUGAUGAAUGACUCAGAUAAACAUGUUGAAGAAGAAACUAAUAACUCAAAUUUAAUGCCAAAAAGCCAAAGUUUGGUAGAGAAUAUACAAGAAGUUGUUGAAGACAGAGUCGACAUCAGGAAUUCUUUAUCACUGAAUGAUAAUUAUAUAUCUGACAUUUGUUGCAGCGAGUCCAUUGAAAAUCUAAGUUGUUCUAAAUCAAAUGAGCAUGUCAAUAAAUCUAUGAAAAGUCCUGAUAAACAAAAUGAAGACAAAGCAAAAUUUAAUUCUGAAAAUGAGCUUGAAGUUGUAAAAAAUAAAAACGUGAUCAUGAUAAAAGCAGAUUCAAAUGAACUAAGAAGAAAUACUUUUGAUUGCAGUAUGAAUAAAGACAUUCAUAUCAACCCAAAAAUGUGUGUCGGCUCUAGUACUGACAAUAGUAAACUGAUAAUGAGAAGCGAAUCGAAAGUUAACUCGAUUACAGAUGCUCAGGUUGUGGAAUUGCUUUCAAAAUGCAGCGCCAUACAAAGUGUUAAUAAAACCAUGAACAUUGAAAGCCUGCGAGAUUCUAUGAAUAUUGAUAGAGCAUUACAUAGUUCAACAAGAUUGCAACAUAUUGAAAAUGAGCCUCAGAGAGCAUUAGUGAAUUGAGUCUGGGCUUAUAUCGUGUGUGGAUAUUUUUAUUUAUUUUUGCUGUGGUUUUUUAAUUUUCCAAUAGAUACUUUAAUAUAUGAUAUAUUUUA